GCGAGCGAGCGGGGCAGCGGCGGAGGGCUGAGCCGGACAGCCCGGCAACAUCUGCCAAACUUGGAGGAGAGAAGGGAGGAGGCAGAGGAAGCGGCAGACUCGGGGCAACUUUUCGGAACACGUAUUAGUGUGAAGAGAGCUGAAGUAAUGAGAAGUCAUCAUGGAAGCCCAGUCCCAUAGCUCUACCACGGGUGAGAAGAAAAAAGUUGAGAAUCCUAUAGUGAAAUGCUCCACUCGAACAGAUGUCAGUGAGAAAGCCGUUGCCUCCAGCACAACAUCCAAUGAGGAUGAAAGUCCUGGACAGACCUAUCACAGAGAGAGAAGAAACGCAAUCACAAUGCAGCCACAGGGCGGGCAAGGCCUCAGUAAAAUCAGCGAGGAGCCUUCGACAUCCAGCGAGGAAAGGGCCUCAUUAAUCAAGAAGGAGAUACAUGGAUCUAUACCCCACCUUCCUGAACCAUCCGUACCUUACCGUGGGACAGUCUUUGCCAUGGACCCCAGGAACGGCUAUAUGGACCCUCCUUACCAUUCGGCCCCUGCUUUGAAUUCUAUAAAGUACUAUCCGCCUCACCUUUUCCCAGCAUUCCACCCUCCCGUUCCAAUUGACGCAAGACACCAUGAAGGGCGUUAUCAUUACGAACCAUCUCCCAUUCCUCCGCUACAUGUGCCUUCUGCUCUAUCCGGUAGCCCAACAUAUUCGGAAUUGCCGUUCAUCAGAAUAUCCCCCCACAGGAACCCUGCUUCAGCAUCAGAAUCUCCCUUUAGCCCCCCUCACCCCUACAUUAACCCUUACAUGGACUAUAUCCGAUCACUGCACAGCAGCCCUUCUCUGUCUAUGAUCUCAGCGGCUCGGGGCCUCAGCCCUACAGAUGCUCCGCAUGCUGGAGUUAGUCCCGCUGAAUAUUACCAUCAGAUGGCUCUCCUGGCAGGGCAGCGCAGCCCAUAUGCCGACAUCCUUCCAUCAGCUGCCACGGCAGGAGCCAGCGCUCUUCAUAUGGAAUAUCUUCAUGCUAUGGAUAGCGCCAGGUUUCCAAGUCCCAGGCUGCCAUCUAGACCAAGCCGAAAGCGAACACUGUCCCUAUCGCCUCUGUCUGAUCAUAGCUUUGACCUUCAGACCAUGAUCCGGACAUCUCCAAACUCCUUGGUCACAAUUCUCAACAAUUCCCGUAGCAGUUCUUCAGCAAGUGGUUCCUACGGCCAUUUAUCUGCAAGUGCAAUAAGCCCUGCUCUGAGUUUCGCCUACCCUCCCACCCCGGUGUCCCUUCAACAGAUGCACCAACAAAUCCUCAGUCGUCAGCAGAGCCUGGGCUCGGCCUUCGGACACAGCCCUCCACUUAUCCAUCCUGCGCCAACCUUUCCUACGCAGAGGCCUAUCCCUGGCAUUCCGAGCGUCUUGAAUCCUGUCCAGAUCAGUUCAGGCCCAUCGGAAUCCACACAGCAGAGCAAACCCACGAGCGAGUCUGCAGUGAGCAGCACAGGUGACCCGAUGCAUAACAAGCGUUCAAAGAUAAAACCAGAUGACGACCUCCCCAGCCCAGGUGCAGGAAGCCUGCAGGAGCCACCUGAAGGAAUGACGUUAGUUAAAGAAGAAGGGGACAAAGAUGAAAGCAAGCAGGAGCCUGAAGUGGUCUACGAGACAAACUGCCAUUGGGAAGGCUGUUCGCGAGAGUUUGACACGCAGGAGCAGCUAGUGCAUCAUAUCAACAACGAUCACAUACAUGGUGAGAAGAAGGAGUUUGUAUGUCGAUGGCUGGAUUGUUCUCGAGAGCAGAAGCCAUUCAAGGCUCAGUACAUGCUGGUGGUACACAUGAGGAGGCACACGGGAGAAAAGCCACACAAAUGCACUUUUGAAGGUUGUACAAAGGCCUACUCCAGGCUAGAAAACUUGAAAACUCACUUGAGAUCUCACACUGGAGAGAAACCAUAUGUCUGUGAGCAUGAGGGCUGCAACAAAGCAUUCUCAAAUGCGUCUGAUCGUGCCAAGCACCAAAACAGAACUCAUUCCAAUGAGAAACCCUAUGUCUGCAAGAUACCAGGGUGCACAAAGCGCUACACAGACCCUAGUUCUCUCCGGAAGCAUGUGAAAACGGUGCAUGGUCCUGAAGCGCAUGUCACCAAGAAGCAGCGUGGAGACAUCCACCCAAGGCACCCACCCCCGAGAGACCAAGGCAGCCAUUCUCAGACAAGAUCCCCAGGCCACCAGACUCAGGGCGCGAUUGGUGAGCAAAAAGACCUCAGCAACACUACCUCAAAGCGUGAAGAAUGCCUCCAAGUGAAAGCGGUCAAGUCCGAGAAGCCCAUGACAUCUCAGCCAAGCCCUGGUGGUCAGUCUACAUGCAGCAGCGAGCAGUCCCCCAUCAGCACCUAUUCCAACAAUGGGACCGAGCUUAAUCUGACCAGUCGAGGUAGUGUAGGAGACCUCAGUGUCAUAGAUGAAACCCCUAUCAUGGACUCUACCAUUUCCACAGCAACCACAGCACUUGGCUUGCAGACCAGGAGGAAUAUGACAGAGACCAAAUGGAUGGAGCAAGUUAAGCUGGAAAGGUUGAAACAAAUCAGUGGAGUGCUUCCAAGACUGAACCCCAUUCCACAUUCCAAAGCCCCAACUUUGCCGCCUCUCAUAGGAAAUGGUACUUAUUCAAGCAGCAGCUGCAGCAUUGGAGGAAACAUGACUAUUCUAGCCAAUAAAAAUGAACUCACAAACAUGGACAUUACUGUGCUCAACAUGCUGAACAGAAGGGACAGCAACACCAGCACCAUCAGCUCAGCCUACAUGAGCAGCCGCAGAUCCUCUGGGAUUUCACCUUGCUUCUCUAGUCGGAGGUCCAGUGAUGUUUCCCAAGGCGAGGGGAGGCUCCAGAACAUCAGUGUUACUGAUUCCUACGACCCCAUUUCAACUGAUGCCUCUCGGCGAUCCAGUGAAGCCAGCCAGUGCGAUGGCUUGCCAGGUCUUCUCAGCCUGACCCCCGCCCAGCAAUACCGUCUGAAAGCAAAAUAUGCAGCAGCUACUGGUGGACCCCCACCCACACCACUCCCUAAUAUGGAGAGGAUGAGCUUGAAAACAAAAAUGGCACUAUUGGGUGACUGUAGGGAGUCUGGAAUGUCACCACUGCCCCCAAUGAAUUCUCCCCGAAGAUGUAGUGAUGGUGGGACAAACAAUUACAACAGGCGACACAUACUGCCCCAUGAUGUGUUGGGGAACAGCACAAGGAGAGCCAGUGACCCUGUGAGACCAGUUUCCGAUAACCUUUCCUUUCCCAGAGUCCAGCGUUUCAACAGUCUCAAUAGCUUUAACCCUCCUGUUUUGCCUCCAUCUAUGGAAAGGCGUAACUUCAUCCUUCAGAACUACACCCGUUCUGAUGGUGGCUUGUUCCGCAACUGUUCCCCUUGUCCUCCUAGUAUCUCUGAGAAUGUGGCCAUGGAAGCUGCUACAAUGGAAGCAGAUGGCAGUCUGAAUGAUGAGGAUCUCCUACCGGACGACGUGGUCCAAUAUUUGAAUUCUCAGAAUCAGGGCGCAUACAACCACCUGCCGAAUGGUGGACUAGAUCACAACAAAGUGCAUCACAAUUCAGCAUUGGGGUACGGCAACAACUUUGACCAGUCUCCUCCACCAAACUCUGAGGCCAGUAAAAACGACCUGCCAAUUCAGUGGAAUGAAGUAAGCUCAGGAAGUUCCGACUUGUCUCCGUCAAAAUUAAAAUGUGGGCAACGGUCCCUGAUCCAGCACACUCAAACCUUAGGCCUCUAUAACAACAUGGUCGUCCAACAGCAGCACCAUGGGCUGGAGAGAAAUGCUGUGUCCCAGCAAAAUGGCUAUCAGCAUCUUCUAGACAACAAUGGCUCCUGCAGUUUACAGCAGAAUAUGGUCAUGAACAACAGUGACACCAGUCAUUCUUACCACCUUCAGUCAAAUAAGGCACAGCUGUAUGGUGAAAGUAUUGGCAGACAACCAGUGGGCAAUACCUAUGACAUUGUGAUUCAAGGGCAAAAGCUGGGAAAUAAUUUCAUGCCAAAUAAUGGAAACCAGCAGAAUUUUGGCUGCACUGCAGUAUCAGAGGAGCAGUCUCCCAAUGUAAUUAGCAGGAUGCAGGGCAGAAAUGUGGUUGCCCAGGAGUACCUUCAUAAUCAGUCAACCGAUGAUAUCUACUGCCAAGAAGUCAAUCAUUCCCAUAAAAUGAUGAUAGAGCAAGUUUCAGCUCCCUCACAACCCACCCUUUAUCAAGGGCCACAAAGUUGUCCACUGUCUCACAAUGCUGGGAUCCAGCCAUCAGGUCUGGUGAUGGCAAAAGGGUACCAGCCCUGUGCCAACUACUGGGGUGGCAGGCGACAAAACACGUCAAGGAAUAACUUGGUGCAGCCCCAAGGACACAUAAGGGAUGCCAACCAGCCACACAGGGUCAAUGGCAUCAAAGUAGAAUCCCAAGGUCAGUCACAGCAGUUCUGCUCUAAUAUGCAGAAUUACUCUGGUCAGUUGUAUGACCAAACCACAGGGUUUAGCCAGCAAGCUCUGAAAACAGGUGCUUUCCCUCUUUCAGAAGCUAACUGCCUGCUUCAGGGGGCCAGUGAUGCUACUUCGUCAGAGCUUCUCUCCCCAGGAGCCAACCAGGUAACGAGCACCGUUGACAGCAUUGACACCAGCAGCCUCGAAAGCGUGCAGAUUGAUUUUGAUGCUAUCAUAGAUGAUGGUGACCAUGCCAGCUUAAUUUCAGGAGCCCUGAGUCCCAGCAUCAUUCAGAACCUCUCCCGCAACUCCUCCCGCCUCACCACUCCCCGAGCGUCUCUUACAUUCCCAGCCAUGCCCAUAAGCACAAACAACAUGGCCAUUGGGGACAUGAAUUCUUUGUUGACCUCACUUGCAGAAGAAAGCAAGUUUCUUGCUGUUAUGCAAUAGACAUACACAACUUAGGAGAUGAAAGAUUUUUUUAAAAAGUAAUUCAUUUUUUUUAGUUGCUUUAAGUACUUUAGCAGUCUCAUCUCACCUAAAUGGGAUGUGUUUCAAGUAUAUUCCUUUUAUGGAAUAAGGACUCUGAAAAACCCUAAAGUGUUCUAGGGAGAAACUGUCUUCCGUUUCAGUUCUGAAUCAGUAUUGUUACACCCACAGUCCCCCUUUUUUCCAAUGUUUAUAUGCUUCUUUUUUAUUUUAUUGUUUGUUUAUAUAUUUUUUGUAAUUGUAAGCCAAUGUAAAUGUGUGAUGUGCAUGCUGGUUUAUCUUUGAGGAAGGUCUGAUAAAAUGGCAUUGCCUCUUCCUGUAACUCAAAAGGAAAUAACAAUCCUAUAUGGUUGUUGCUGGAGUUCUUAUACAGCCGGGUUCUAACGUGUAGACACAACAUUACCAGGAGCACAUAUAUAUAUUGAAGUUUGGGGUUCCAUCCUCUUAGCACUGAUCACGCAAACCCUGUCAAGAGGAAUGGGUGAAUGGUUUAAAGCAACUAACUUAUUCAAAAAAACCCACGUGUAAUGGUUUGAGUUGUCACGUCUAUUGCUCUACACCAGUGGUUUUCAAGUUUUCUGCAUUCAAGGACCUCUCUCUCCGCAUAAUGCUUUGCCUGAGGCAAAUCUUCUCAGUCAUGUUCUAGACUGCACAGUCAGUUGAUGCAGAGUGCUGCCUUGGCCUGCUGGGUCUCAUCAUGGCCCUACUUGAGCUGAGGAACCGCCCAAGACCACAUUGGCUACAUACUGCGUGGGGUGUGUGUGUCAGUGAUAAUGAACAAGUCUGUCAUUACUGAUGUUUUCACUUAAGAACGUGUAGAAGUGCAUCUAACAAAUUUUAGGGUUCUCCAGAAUGCAGCUUGAAAACCACUGCUUUGGACUGCGGAGAGACAAAAUACCAUAUAAAUAAAUAACUCUGAAGCAUAUUCCAAUAAAAAUAAGUUGGUUAAAAAAGAAAAUAAUGACUGCCCAUUUUUAUGUCAAAAAUUGGCUUCAGUUUCCAAAACCUCCAUUGCAUAAUGAGUAAGCCUCACAUUUUUUGUUACAAAAUGGGGAGUAACUUGAACAUGUGCGUGUAUGAAAAUAAAUCAAUAUCUAUGCGAGUGCUAUUAUAAGUCUGCUUGUCUGAGACAUAAAUGUAAACACAAGUUGCACUUUUAAGCAAGGUUUAGUUCAGAUUGUUGGCAUUCACUUCAGUGCAAUAUGCAUAGAUCUAAGUGGUUUAAAAGCUCAAGCUAUAAUAUUCAAAAUGUUUAGUUCUUGUUUACUAUAAUUCCAUUUAACAAUAACUGCCUUCCAGUGGUGCUGUAAAUGUCUUCUAUCAUUGGCUUGGUGAUACGGCCAAAGCUUCAUUCAUAGAAAGGGGCAAGAAUGUCACCAUUUCCAACUAUAUAUCCCUAUCAGCCUUCCACUGCCUCACCACCCUAAGCCAUGGGGCCGGAAACUUCAAGCACAAAUGAGCCAUACAAGUAGGAUGGUGUGAUACAGAAGAAGGCGAGAACAAAGCAAAACAACAGAACAAAAUGAGAGGCGCUAGUCCUUGAUAAGAAGGUUCAAUCCACAGACAGAACAUACAGAACAUCACAUCAUUUUGUGCAUAAUGUGUAUUUUAUCAUCCCCCCCCC